AUGGACGCGGCGGAGAAGCUGCGGUGGCCCUUCUCGGACGGCAGCGUCACCGAUUUCCUGGACGCCCGCAGCCUCCACGGCUCCCCCGACAUUAAGAAAAAAGUACAGUUCCAUUCUUCUCUAGUGCAAAAGCUUGCUUUGGAAAAGGAGAUGGAGGGUCACGCAGGUUGCGUGAAUGCUAUCGCAUGGAACUCAAGUGGUUCGCUUCUUGUAUCAGGAUCAGAUGACACUAGAAUUAACAUCUGGAAUUAUAAUAACCGAGAGCUGGUGCAUGAUAUUGACACUGGCCAUUCUGCAAAUAUCUUUUGCACAAAGUUUGUCCCGGAAACAUGUGAUGAGGUAGUAGUCUCUGGAGCAGGAGAUGCAGAGGUUCGUGUUUUCAAUAUGUCUCGAUUAAGUGGCAGAAGGCCUAGAGAAAUUUCUAUGGAACCAACAGCGGUUUACCAGUGUCACUCGAGAAGGGUCAAGAAACUAGCUGUUGAAGUUGGCAAUCCUAACGUAGUGUGGAGUGCAAGCGAGGAUGGUACUCUGAGACAACAUGAUUUUCGGGAGUGUAGUUCCUGUCCUCGUGCAGGAUCUGCUAACCAGGAAUGCCGUAAUGUGCUUCUUGAUCUACGGUGUGGAGCAAAGAAGUCUUUAGCUGAUCUACCCAAACAUCCAUUGGCACUGAAGUCUUGUGACAUUAGCUCUGUUUGUCCCCAUCAAAUCCUUGUUGGCGGGAGUGAUGCAUUUGCUAGGCUGUACGAUAGGAGAAUGCUUCCACCAUUGAGCUCGUGUCAAACCAAAAAGAAGCCGCCGCCAUGCGUUAAAAUGUUCUGCCCAUUGCAUCUUGCUGACAGUAAGAAGACAUAUUUGCACCUUACACAUGUUGCAUUCAGCCCAAAUGGGAAGGAGGUUCUUUUAAGUUACAGUGGUGAACAUGUUUAUCUGUUUGAUGUUGACCCAGAUAAUAUGAGUUCAGUUAGAUACACAGCAGACUAUGUACGGGAGCAAUUAUUUGUACCCCCUUUUCACAAAGUACCAGCAAAAGAACAUGCAAAAGAAAAGAAGGCUUCAGUAAAUACAACUUCAAGAAAUUUGUCUAGGGUAGAUAUGUGCAAGAAAUUUAUGCAAGUCGCAACCAGAUCUCUGGAGACAGACAAGAACUUAAUGCGUGGGAUUGAAGCAUGCAGUGAAGUUCUUGAAUCAAUAAAACCUGAUAUUGAUGAUGACAUGAGGCAUGAGUUCUUGUGUACUCGAGCAGCAUUGUACCUAAAGAGGAAGUGGAAAAAUGAUGUUUACAUGGCGAUUCGAGAUUGCAAUAGAGCGCGGAAGAUUGAUGCCACAUCAUAUCAGGCACACUUACAUAUGGCUGAGGCACUAUUGCAGUUAGGGAGACUGAAGGAGGCAUCUGAGUAUGCAGAGGCAGCAAAUAGUCUUCUUCCGCCUCAUUGGCAAUUGAGGGAGCAGGUGGAUGAUUUCAAGCAACGCGUUGCUUCAGCUGAGCUUGAGAAGAACAGAACAGAUCAAAAUGGGAACUCCAAAGCUGAUACUCAUGGAAAAUUACGCUCAUUGAGUGAUAUAUUAUUUAGACCCGAUGUUGGUGGUUCCUCACAGGAGGGACGAGAAGACUCAGAUUAUGAUGAUGAAAUGGAAUUGGACUACGAGACAUCGGUAUCUGGUGAUGAAAGCCGAGAGAAUGAUCAAGGUGUCUUCCGGGGUAGUUUAAGUUUCCGAUUUCAUCAAAGAGAGGAUCAAACCAAUGAACACACUGAUGAGAAUGGGUCAAUCGAGUCUGCUCAAAACGACGAUUCUGCUUUUCAGUCAGAUGUUGCCAUUGAUAUGAAACAAAGAUAUGUUGCACACUGCAAUGUAGGGACAGAUAUAAAACAAGCCAGCUUUCUUGGUGAGCAAGGGGAGUUCAUUGCCAGUGGAAGUGAUGAUGGUAGAUGGUUCAUAUGGGAGAAGAGAACAGGAAGGCUUAUUAAAAUGCUUGCAGGGGAUGGAGCUGUCGUGAACUGCAUACAGUCUCAUCCCUUUGAUUGUGCCGUUGCAACAAGCGGAAUCGAUAACACGAUAAAGCUAUGGACACCCGAUGCAAAUGCUACAUCUAUGGUUGCUGGACCAGAACCUGAUGUAUUAAGUGCCAUAGAGAAUAAUCAGCGGAAGUUAUGUCGGAACCGUCAAAUUGUACUCUCUUCCAGGAAAAGGGUUAUAGUUGGAAGAAUGAUAUCAUCCAAGCUACAAGCAGCCUAUGUUUGA